GAGAGAGAGAGAGAGAGAGAGAGAGAAAAAAACUGCGUAGCAAACAGUUAGAAAGAGACCGGAGAGGUUCAUUCUCUGGGUCGUACGUACGUUGCGGAGCUUUCCCUUACUUUUAUGCAAAAAAGACAACUAAAUUGAUCGUCCCGUCAAGCAAUCACUGGGAGGACAGCUUGGAAUAUCACAAACAGAAAGGACAUGAUCUCCUCGUAUAGGAACUGGAAGCCAAAGAGCUGUGAGACAGACAUGGACCUGGGGGCACUUCCUUCCCCCUCCAUGUCUCCAAGGUGCUUCUAUCCAAAGUCUUUCUCAGGUUUGAGGUGCUCCUCUUCAUAAUAUCCUGCUAUUACAUGGUAGCAAAGACCUAAAGACGAGGGUGUGUAAGAUGGCAGUGUGGAUCCAGGCCCAGCAGCUCCAGGGGGAUGCGCUGCACCAGAUGCAGUCUCUCUAUGGACAGCACUUCCCCAUUGAGGUGCGCCAUUACCUGUCCCAGUGGCUCGAGGGCCAACUCUGGGAUGUGAUCGAUCUGGAGAACCCCCAGGAGGAGUUUAAGGCCAAGCGUCUGCUGGACAGCCUGAUCCAGGAGCUGCAGAACAAGGCUGAGCAUCAGGUGGGAGAGGACGGCUUCCUGCUCAAGAUCAAACUGGGACACUACGCCAGCCAGCUCAAGAGCACGUAUGACCGCUGCCCUCUGGAGCUGGUGAGAUGCAUUAAACACAUCCUGUACACGGAGCAGAGGCUAGUCCGAGAGGCCUCUAAUUCGAGCUCCCCAGUGGGAGGGAUGAUGGACAGCAUGUCCCAGAAGUACCAGCAGAUCAACCAGGCAUUUGAGGAGCUGCGCCUGCUGACCCAGGACACAGAGAACGACCUGAGAAAGCUCCAGCACAACCAGGAGUACUUCAUCAUCCAGUACCAGGAGAGCCUCCGCAUCCAGGCCCAGUUGACCAGCCUGACCACACUGCCCCCUGCUGACAGACAGCUGAGGGAGCCCACAUUACUGAGCAAGAGAGCCACCGUGGAGGCCUGGCUCACCCGGGAGGCCAACACACUACAGAAAUACAGACUGGACCUGGCAGAGAAGCACCAGAAGAGCCUGCAGCUGCUGAGGAAGCAGCAGACCAUCAUCCUGGAUGACGAGCUGAUCCACUGGAAGAGAAGGCAACAGUUGGCCGGAAACGGGGGUCCUCCGGAGGGGGGGCUGGACAUCCUGCAGUCCUGGUGUGAGAAGUUGGCAGAGACGAUCUGGCAGAACAGGCAGCAGAUCAGGAGAGCAGAACACCUGAGACAACAGCUUCCCAUCCCCGGGCCCAUCGAGGAGCUACUGAACGACCUCAACAGCACCAUCACAGACAUCAUCUCAGCACUGGUCACCAGCACCUUUAUCAUAGAGAAGCAGCCUCCCCAGGUGCUGAAGACCCAGACCAAGUUUGCCGCCACAGUGCGCCUCCUAGUGGGUGGAAAGCUCAAUGUGCACAUGAACCCCCCGCAGGUCAAGGCCACCAUCAUCAGUGAACAGCAGGCGAAGGCCUUGCUCAAGAAUGAGAACACCAGGAAUGACAGCAGUGGAGAGAUCCUUAACAACAACUGUGUGAUGGAGUACCACCAGGCCACAGGAACACUCAGCGCCAACUUCAGGAACAUGUCUUUGAAGAGGAUCAAGCGCUCGGACCGGCGAGGGGCGGAGUCUGUGACAGAGGAGAAGUUUACCAUUCUGUUUGAGUCUCAGUUCAGCGUCGGGGGUAAUGAGCUGGUCUUUCAGGUGAAGACGUUAUCACUUCCUGUGGUGGUGAUCGUCCACGGUAGCCAAGACAAUAACGCCACGGCAACAGUGCUGUGGGACAACGCUUUUGCCGAACCCGGUCGGGUGCCCUUCAUAGUGCCUGAUAAGGUGCUGUGGCCCCAGCUGUGUGAGGCCCUCAACAUGAAGUACAAGGCGGAGGUGCAGAGUAACCGUGGCCUCUCAGAGGAGAACCUGGUCUUCCUGGCCCAGAAAGCAUUCAGUAGCUCCAGCAUCAACCCUGACGACUACCGCGGCAUGACCAUGACCUGGUCCCAGUUCAACAGGGAGAGUCUGCCUGGCAGGAAUUUCACGUUCUGGCAGUGGUUUGAUGGGGUCAUGGAACUCACAAAAAAACAUCUCAAACCACACUGGAAUGAUGGGGCGAUCCUGGGAUUUGUGAACAAGCAGCAGGCCCAGGACAUGUUGAUGUCCAAACCCAACGGGACCUUCCUGCUCCGCUUCAGCGACUCUGAGAUCGGAGGGAUCACUAUCGCCUGGGUGGCUGAGAAUCCCAACAAACCAGGGGAGAGGAUGGUGUGGAACCUCAUGCCCUACACAACCAAAGACUUCUCCAUCCGCUCUCUGGCUGACCGCAUCAGUGACCUCAACCACCUCCUGUUCCUCUACCCAGACAGACCCAAGGAUGAGGUCUUCUCCAAAUACUACACGCCGCCCCUGUCCAAAGCAGUGGAUGGAUACGUGAAACCGCAGAUCAAACAAGUGGUACCAGAGUUCACCACGACCAAUCCUGACCCAGCAGCAAACCCCACCUACAUGGAUCACGGAGCCUCCCCUGUUGUCAGUCACCCUCCAAACUACGGCAUAUACCAGCCUAUGAGUGACUCCAUGUUAGAUGCUGACGGUGACUUUGACCUGGAUGACACCAUGGACGUGGCGCGACACGUUGAGGAGCUGCUGCGGCGACCGAUGGAGAACCAAUGGAGCGGCCAGCAGUCGUGACCCUCAACCUCUAACCCCUGACACCAACAAAAGAACCCCGCACCUUUUGACAUUUCUGAUGGUUUAAUUCCAUUCCUUUCCUCCUGUUCUGUUUCAGCUAUAAUGUGACAUGUUAAUAAUGGUUGUGAUUGUUUUUUUGUUUUUUCCCCUCAGCAUGCAAGCUGCACGUCAGUGACCUGAUUUCAGUUUGUCUCCGUGCGUAUCUGUAAAACAGACUUGGUAGAAAUGCAAAAA